AUGGCCUCCCCAUUCUACAACUACGCCAUCGCCACUUUUACCAGGGGUCUCAAUACCCUCUCUACCCUCCUAAAAAAGGCCGAGGAGUACGCGAAAGAAAACAACAUCCCGCUCGAUGAACUUCUCAAUGCCCGCCUUGUCGAGGAUAUGAAGCCCCUCUCCUUCCAAGUCGUUACCGCAACGAACACGGUUUCCAAGACUCUCGCCCGCGCAGCCUUUGUCGAACCUCAGCCACAGCAAGAGCCCGAUAAGACCUACGAAGACCUUUACAAGCGUCUUGACAGGACACUCGCGGAACUCGAAAAGGUCGAUCCGGCUAAGAUCUCUAGCAAGGAAGGACAAAUCUUCAAGGCUCCGCUUGGAAACGAGGUGAUCGACUAUACGGUGGAGAGUUAUGCGGUGCGAUUUGCGUUACCGAAUUUCUACUUUCAUGUGGUGACUGCGUAUGAUAUUUUGAGGGCGAAAGGGGUGCAUCUCGGGAAGAUGGAUUAUCUGUCGGACUUCACCGCCUAG